CUAGAGAGCGAAUAUUUCGAAAUAGUCAAGUGCGCUUCCUCCAAAACAGAAGACAGAAAAACAUCUUAAUGUAGGUGGAGCUGAGACCGCUUCCCUUUGAUGAGAAAGUUACGCGUUUAACCUACUAGAGUGCGCAAUUCUCACACGCUUCCUCGCAUGAAGAACAGAACUGUCACUUCCAUCAAGUCAAGGACCGUACAGCUUCUCCAAACGCGCGCGUAACACAGCCAAACCGUGGUGAUUGUCCUCCUUCCCGUUUAUUUAAGUUUUCCUCUGCUGUAUCCGCGCAACUUGCCUUUUUUCUUUUGGAAAGCCUGAAGACACCCCGGAUCUGCGCUCGCUUCAGCAUGCGUUUGGCGCACGGAGCGCACUCUUGGCGAGCUCUUCAUCAUCAGGCGCAGGGAUGAUGUUCAACUCAUCGGGCUCGCUAGAUUUCUUCUCGUUCACUCACCCUGAGGUCGCGUCGGAAGUUCUCAAUGGUUCCUCACACUUAUUCUACAACAUCUCAAUGGCCAUGUGGAACAAUUCCUGCGGGGAACCGUUGCUCGAUUUCACCACAGCGGAGAAGAUUGUCAUCGGGAUGAUGCUGGCCAUCAUCACCACCGUGACGGUGAUUGGAAAUAUGCUGGUGGUGAUCGCGGUGUGCGUCGUUAAGAAGCUCAGACAGCCGUCCAACUAUCUGCUGGUGUCUCUGGCCGUGGCGGAUCUCUCCGUGGCUAUUGUGGUCAUGCCAUUCGUGAUCGUGACGGACCUCACUGGAGGAAAGUGGCUUUUUGGAGAGGUCUUCUGUAACAUCUUCAUCGGCAUGGAUGUGAUGUGCUGCACUGCAUCCAUCAUGACGCUGUGCGUGAUCAGUGUGGACAGGUAUCUUGGCAUCACCCGCCCUUUGACCUACCCUGCUCGACAAAACGGCCAGCUGAUGGCGAAGAUGAUCUUUGGUGUGUGGCUCGUGUCCGCCUCCAUCACCCUGCCGCCGUUCUGUGGCUGGGCGAAGAACGUUAACACGGCUGGCGUUUGUCUAAUCAGCCAGGACUUCAGCUACACCAUCUACUCCACCGCCGUGGCCUUCUACAUCCCCAUGAUCGUCAUGCUCUUCAUGUACUACAAGAUCUUCAAGGCCGCCAGAAAAAGCGGCGCCAAGCAUCGUUUUACCGACUUCUCCCGUCGGGAUCGCCUGGAGACCGUCGCCAGCGAGGCUCUCCGGAUGCAAGGCCUAAAACCCCAACACACGCCUGGCGUAGCCGAGGAGUGCGCUGCUUUUUCACGCUUUCUCAGCCGCGAGCGACAGAAUAUCUCCAUCUUUAAGCGAGAGCAGAAAGCAGCUACGACACUGGGCGUGAUAGUUGGGGUUUUUGGCAUUUGUUGGCUGCCGUUUUUCAUUCUAUCUACAGCGAGACCAUUUAUAUGUGGGGUCAAGUGUAGUUGCAUACCAAUUUGGCUGGAGAGGACGCUGCUGUGGUUUGGAUAUGCCAACUCGCUAAUGAACCCCUUUAUUUAUGCUUUCUUCAACCGGGACCUGCGCUCCACAUACAGAGACCUGCUCCGCUGUAGGUACCGGAACAUAAACCGCCGGCUGUCGGCUGUAGGUGUGCAUGAAGCACUGAGGGUUUAAAAGGAUGUGGUUUGGCCUGGAUUUGUUUUACAAACAGUUCAGACAGGACUGAAUCACUCUCAAUCGAGGAAGACUUUGAAGCCGAACAAUGUGCAUUGAUACAUCAACUUGUGGGAUUUUUGUAGGGACAGUUUGAACAAAAGACAGAACCAAAGCCUCAUACUUAUUCAGAACACUCAUAUUUAAGUUUCAUUAAGAUAUUUGGUCAGUGGCUGUUUCAUUAUUUGUACAUGUAUACUGUAUUACACCAGAUUUCAGAGCAAAUUUGACCUUCUACAAUAUUUGGCUAAAAAUUCAGCUGAUUUUUGAGACAUGUGAGUAAAGGCUUUGACUUUAUUUUAUUAAUGCUAUAUUUACUGAUAUUUUUUUAUUUCUUUUAAUGUUAUGUAUAUACACUACUGCAAAAAAAUUUGGGGUCUGUUAUUUAUUUAUGUUUUUUUUUUUUUUUAAGAAAUUACUAUUUUUAUUCAGCAAGGACACAUUUAAUUGGAAUGUGUCUAAAAAUCUAAAAUCUUUACUGUUAAAAAAAAGAUAUUCUUUUGAAAUUUUUAUUCAUCAAAGAACACUGAAAAAAUAAAUGCCACAGUUUCCACAAAAAUAUCAAAAAGCUGUUUUUUACAUUGAUCAUAAAAGUUGCGACACUGAAUCAAGACUGGAAUAAUGGCUGCUGAAAAUUCAGCUUUGCAAUCAUUGAAAAAAAAGAGAAAAUUUUAAAUAUAUUAAAAUAUAGAACAGCUAUUUUAAGUUGUAAUAAUAUUACAGUUUUUCUGUAUUUUUCACCAAAUAAAUACAGCCUUGGUGAGCAAAGGACAAAAACAUUUCAAAAACAUUAGAAAAAUUACCAACCCCAAACUUUUGAACAGUUGUGUAUAUAUUUGAAUCUACAUCAAGCAUUGAUUUAUGGUUUUAGGACAGUGAGUUAUAAUUGAAUUUGAUACUUUUUACUAAAAGAGUACCGUUAUAUAAAGAACAGUGGCUAUCGGCUGUUUUCAUAACUAAUGAAAAACGUUGUUCAUGUUUUGGCCUCAUCUCUCAAGAAUCAAAUGAGAAUCAAUUAUAUAUUGUAAUUUUGAAGGGACACUUUAAAUAGUAAAAUGUGGCCUUUAUCAACCCUAUGUUCAUUUGGUGUUUCUGCAGCUUGCACUGAAAAUAGUGAUAUCCUAAAAUAUCGUUCUAUAUAUUAACAACACACGUGCUAUUUCCGUCUAUAAAUGCACAGCAAUUAGCUCAUUUUUGCUGUCAUAAAGUGAUGGGAUGUGAUUAUAGGGAUGCUCCAGUCCUGGCUGUUAUCGUCUCAAAGCUGUUAAUUUUCUCAUCAUAACAAUAGAUUCCGCAAGGUGGAAUAAAAGUCUAAAUCUUCACACUUCGUGUUUAGCCAGUCACUGGUUCAUUUGUCUGCAUUAAGCAGAGAUCGUGUUGAUUUCCCUCCACCUGUGAGUGUUCUGAGAAAGUAUGCAGCCACCUUAAAGCAGAUGUUCUGUACAUAUCUGGAAACCGAGUCUCCAGAGGAGGAAAAAUAAGGGCUUGCGGGCAGUUGUCACUAUGAGGCUUGACUGAUAUCGGAAAUCCAUCGGAACGUGUGUGUGCGUGAGCAUGAAUCCCUGCCUUGAGACAACAAGAGACAGGACACUCACCUUGCUUUUCCGAUGACUCAGUCCAUCUAUUUUAAGACCUUUAAGAACAUGGAAGAGCCGGCUGUCUUUGAUGGAACAUCUGACUCUGCGAGCCAUUGUGCAUAUGCCGUGAUUUGGCAUUGUCAAUUUUGUACCCUUUUUUGACCUGAUGUGGCAAUUGAAAAAGACUUUCAAUGCCUUUAAGUGUCUCUCAACCAUGAAUGACGAAACUCACGGUAAGAAACAUUGACUGGGGACUGAAUUCUUGUGAAAUCUUGUGUUAAUGACUCCUAACAGAUAAAUUAUUGACUGAGCAACUCAAAGUGGUUGUUUACACACAGGAGGAGAAGUGUUCUUGAUGUACAGUUCUAUAUGUAUGUUGCCAAAUCUUUGUGAGAAGCUUACAAAGUGUUUUCUGUCACAGAUUUUAACCCCGCACCAGAAACGUCGAAAUUGCUUGUGCAUUUUUGUGUAUUACCUUUUCCCACAAGGACUACACUAAGUGUUUUGCCAAGAUUGUUGAUGUCAAAGCGAAAAGGAAAAUGCAGAGAGUUAAGAAAUGAAAUAAAUUAGAAAAAAGAUUUGACAAUUUUGACAUUUCAUGAAGAAGUUCUCAUUCCGAUCAGACAGAUUCCUAGUGGGUUGUGCGUGAUCUGUUGCACUGAUCUGUGGUAGACAUGACAAGAAUGACUGGAUAUCUAACAAACUUUGUAUACCUUGCAUACAUAAAGAUGCAUUUGUGCAUGGUUGCCAGAAACCAAAGGCUGUCAGUUGCUAAUGUGAU